AUGAGGAAGCAUAUGAGUGUGGACGAACACUCCAUGGUAGCAGGGAUGCUGGAAGCUGGCAAAACGCAACGUCCCGUUGCAGAAAGGCUUUAUCUUUCCCAAAGCGGAAUUAACGAUUAUGGAACCGAUAUUUACAGGCAACCUGACAGUUUAAAAUACCGGAAUGAUAUUCUUCAUCCUAUUGUUAGACGUACUGCAUAUACUCUGGGGGAGGAUUUCAUCUUAAUGGACGAUAAUGCUCGACCUCAUAGAGUCCGAAUCGUAAACGAGUACAUGGAAAUUCGUCUUACACUUCCCCAAAUUCAACGGGAGCUUCAGACAGCAUUGUGGGGGAACGGCAACAGAUCCCUCAAGCUUGGACGGCUGAUGGGCAGCAUGGCUUCACCUUCACCUUCAGUAUCACAAGCAACAACAGAGAAUAAAAACCAGAAAACAAGUUCAAUAACAGCAGGUUUACCAAAAUCAUCGCUUGAGACAACGACCAUAUCAUCAGGAGAUACACUUUCACCUCCAGUAUCACAACCAGGAACAGAGAAUCAAAACCAGAAUGCAAGUACAGUUAACGGAGGCUUAUCUUCAACAACAAAACCACCUACAACAUCCAGUGACAUCUCAGGAGAUAAAGAGACAACUCCACAACCAAUCACUUAUCCGGAGUUUCCAGCAAUUAUCAAACCUAAUGUAGCAAUUCCCUUUGUCUUGGUAAUCAAUGCAAAUUUAACAUUGAUUUUAUCAAAACAUAACGAUUUGGAAUAUUUGAAGAACAAUAUUUCUAAAACACUAACCCCUAAAUUCAAAAAUACGCAAGGAUUUAUAUCGUUACAAGUGACUAACCUGACUGAAGGCAGUAUUUUAGCUGACUAUAAAGUUAUUUUAAAUGCAAGUAAAGGUCUUGCCAAAACCAAUAAUUCCAUUAAUAUGGCUCUCAAAGCAGCUACUACUGACUGGCAAAACUACACGUUUUUUGGUGAAAAAGUAGAUACAACAAAAACUGAAAAGAGAUCUGUGGAAAUCUAUAAUACUAACAUAGACACAAUACUCAAAGACUUAAUAUGUUCCUGUCCUUUUGAGUACAAGUGUAUUAAUAAGACGUGCUAUCACAAAUGCAAAUCGAAGGAGAAAAAUUGUGUUAACCGUGGUUAUUGUUUUGUCUCCCCAGAAGGAGAGCCAAAGUGCAGUUGUCAAUCAAAUGAAACAAAUAUCUUUUACGGAGAAACAUGUGAGAAGCAAAUUCUUAUACCCACUAAGAAAAGUACCACAGAGGGAAUAACGCCAAAAUCAAAGACAGACGAUGAAAACAUACCCUUAAGCAAACUCACAAUCAUAGCUAUAUCCAGUGGUGUAGGAGGCGGUGCUGUUAUUAUACUUAUAAUUGUUGUUAUCUGCAUCUGUGUUCGCUGGAGUUCGGAAAAAAGUGUUAAGGAAGAUGGUUCAGAGAGUGAAAGUAGUUCAAAGAUCAUUGAAGCAAUGAAUAAAGACAAUAAAAUGUUAGAAAACAUUCCUCUUGAUUAUGGAAAAGUCAAUCCUUUGUUCCAAGAGGAGAAGAAUGAAGCAAGAAUGCGAUACCAACCUGAGCCUUUGCGUAAUGACUAUACAGACCAAACAAAUAAUCUUAACUCCUUCCCCGACAGACCACGUAGCGAAUCUACCGAGAAAUACAGACAACCGAUGACAAACAACUAUUAUAGUGAUGUGGAAGAUCCUUACAGACGACAUUCUCAAAGCAGCCUCCAAUAUUCUCAUGGAAGUUUCUACCGAGGACAGAAUCGUACAAACGAUACAGAUAAUCAAAAUGGUAGAAGUGGCGACAAUUAUACCAGUAAGGAUAGAUACGUAUAUAUUGAAGGGAAAUCAGGAGGGAGACGGCUUUAUAAGAAAGUUGAAGAUGACGUAUUAGGUGAAAACACUCUGAUUUAUCAACCAUCGAACAUGCCUCGUCCAAUCCAAAGAGAAAAUGUGGAAUCUGUUGGAGACAAUUUCUCUUUGCGCCCCGCACCUGUAUAUGCAGAAAGUCAAAGAUCAACAACUUAUGACAAAAUUGACACAGACAAACCGUAUAAGAUUCAGCGACCGAUUAUCAAGCAUAAUAACAUAUAUUCUUAGAGAUCUAGAAGUUCAAACACUUGGAUAAACAGACAGGGCACCCUGACCGAACCCUUUUGCAUUUGUGUUGAAGUGAACAUUGAUAUUUUCAUUAUAAUUAUGCAAUCCACUCUUUUCCAUUUCGACAGCGAUA